AUGGAUGAUGCGGAGGCCUACAAAGUGGUCAGUUCUGCCUCAUCGCUCUCGGAGUGCAAGGGCCAAUGCAGAAGCAAUAGUGCAUGCAGAGGCAUCGAGUAUGGCGAGUUCGGACGUUGUGAAGUCUGGACUCGGGAUAUUCUGGCAUCGGUGGCGGUAUCGCGUUUUCACUGCCUGAAGCUGGAAUUCACGGCGGUCAACGGCGACGGACAAGCUUGCCGAGGGUCAACCAGCUCUGACAACAACCCUGCCCACUACACGGUGGCUCCAGGUGCAGGUUCCGAAGCUGCGUGCAAGCAGGCGUGUCGGGUCCAUGGUGGCUGCAUGGGCAUCGAGUACAGCCCCGGCCGCUGUGAGCUGUGGACUCGCCCGGAAGGCAUCCAGGCCACGGCACCGCUGCCGAGCUUCGCGUGCCUGGCGUAUCAUGGAGGCGGGACUGUUCCGAGCACAACAAUGACAACAACGACAACAACGACAACAUUCACAAGCUCAUCUGUUUCGAUUGAACAACAGGCACAAUUCCUUAUUCAAGCCAGCUUCGGGCCUACUUUGGCCAGCCUGGAGGCCAUGAAAGGGAUGACGUUUCAGCAGUGGAUCAACAACCAGAUGGCCCUCCCGCCGCAGUCUCACCGGGAGUUUUGGAGGAAGCGCGUGAAUCCUUAUGUGCUUUCGGCUGACAUCGAUCGAGGAGAGUUGGUUGGUCUUGCUCGAUCAAGAUGUGAUCGUGGUUCGCGCUGGGUCGGAUACACCUUUCAGAGACGUGACGAGGGAAAGCCUGUGAGGGUGUCUCAAGGCAAGAUCUUGGUGGACGGGCUGCAUCGAAGCGACAUCGACCCACAGUACGAAGGCAAUGGCAUGAGUGCACCACAGAGCUGCAGUGAUGUUGCUCCUGACGGCUGGCAGUCGCGCGGAGAGGCAUGCACCGCAGAUCGCGAAAGCAUGGCAUGGAACUGCUACGAGGAGUUCUGGAAGGAGUCCGAGCUGUGUCAGCAGACCUGCUUCGAUCAAGGGCAUGGCUAUGCCGGGGAUGACUGCUCCAGUGGGUGGGUAGGAGUGACCUUCGAAGGCUUCGUCUGCCGCGUGAAAGAAAAUGCAGUGGGAGCCUGGGUGCAACUGGGCACAAGCAGUGGUUGUGAGCAGGGACUCAUGGCUAUGACAAAUCCUCAUGUUUGGAGAGCAAGCCCAACUUCUGACAUGACCCAAGCCUUGAAUUUCAUCGUAUUCAGACCUGGCGUCAUUCAUUUGACUGCGUCUCCUGAUCAGUGCAAUUUGGGCACCAUUGUCCGGUCCGACGUGGAAGCAACAGGGCGCUUCUACUUGCUCGAGUCGCGGCUGGAAUUGGUGGAGAACACUGUGGAGAAGCCAGCAUCAUCAGGGUCAUGGGUGAGAGGAACUUGUCCGGCCGUGACCCGGACAUUUCUGAAUGCGGGCAGCUGCAAACUUCUGCCCGGUUGCCUGCCGGUGGGCGUGCAGCAGAUUCAGCUCCCUUUGGACUCCGCGAGCUUUCAGAAGUUCUUCGCGGUGGGCGGGCGGUAUGUCUACGCCAUCAAGGGCCUUCGCACUUCUGCGGCGCCCUGCGGCCAGCGGUCCAGGUGGAAGAAGCUGGACUGCGCCACGGAGAGCUGUUCGACAACGUCUAUGCCUUCAGCGUCCAGGGAUGCAAUCCAAGCGGAGUUGACCGCUUCCGCCUCGCAGGGCUGGCUGCGAGACGUUGACCUGACUUGUUCGAAUGUUCCUGCCAACGCCGUGGUGGAGGUGGGCUCGGACACAUUCCAGCACGUUCAUUUGGACGAGUUCAAUGUCUUUGACUUCACAGAUUGGUCCAAUCAACAUCCGGGUGGCAAGAGCAAGAUCACCCAGUGGACGUCUCAGGGCUUCGAGCUGGAGUUCCCCUCCUGGCACGGCAUGGACCGCUGGGAUGAGGGCAUCGCGCCUGGGGUGCUGCGCCCCAACUUGGUGGGGAAGUAUAAGGCGACAGUCCACUUCCAAGAGCUUCCGCAACCACUGCAGACCCAGGCCUUGAUGGACGAAUUCGGCAGCGGCGGUCAGAACGAGGCCGAGUACUCCAUCGUCUGUGGCUCGCCGGGCGAAGUGGCCAACGAUGCGCUUCUGGGGCAUCAGCUGGCCAUUACCCAUGGAGGGGAGUACGACUGGCACUUUGACAUGGAGUAUUAUUCGCGGUGGGGUACGGAUCGGUUGACCAAGUCGGCGGUUUGGACGAUGCAGGCCUUGCAUGCCGAUGACCAGCUUCGUCAGCGGAUGGCAUGGGCGUUGUCUCAGAUUCUUGUGAUGGCAGUGCAGGCAGGCAACUUCGAUGGACAGAGUGAGAUGUGGUUGAGCUACUACGAUAUCUUUGUCAGGAACGCGUUUGGGAACUUUCGGGACGCCUUGCGCGAAGUGGCCUACAACCCCCUCAUGGGCAGCUAUCUCACGUACAAGAGAAAUAGGGCCUUCGAUGAGAGCAACAACUAUCCAGACGAGAAUUUCGCCAGGGAGAUCAUGCAGCUAUUUACCAUCGGCCUGUGGAAGCUGAAUCCAGAUGGCACCAGAGCCAAAGACGGUGCCGGAAAAGAUAUUCCCACGUACACCAACGAGCACAUCAUGAACUUCGCACGGGUUUUCACGGGCUUUGACGAGCAGCCCAGACGGGACAACAUCGAGUUUGCCUGGAACAACAACCUGAUUGAUCCGAUGCGGAUUGUUGCCCGUUGGCACGAUGCCUAUCCCAAGCCAGACUUGGACGGCAACUUCCUGGGCGAUGGAUAUCCGCUGUGUGCGGACCUGCCGACGGGCUACUUCCUCCGCGCAGGCGCCAAGUACGAGUUCAUUGGUCACAGCUAUGCUGGCUCAGAUGUCUUGAAUCUCACUGAGAGUUCGCUCCUUUUUGCUCGACUCUGUGACUCAAGUGGGGCGCCCUGCAAGCAUCGCUUGACUUGGGAGCUGGAUAAUGACCUGGCAUGCAGCGGUCCAGAGUGCACCGUGAACACAGUGUCCGUGCUGAAUGUCGCUGGCGGCUUCUACCGAUACAUGCCACCCACGUGUGUCAACCUAUUCUUCUUCAAUGGCCAGGUGACACGCAGAGGUGGCCGUGCCUGGGGCUGGACGGACGAAUGCCAGAACCCCAACCUUCCAAUCGCAGGCGCUGCUUGCUGUGGAGGCUGCAAGAAUCGCAAAGAUUGGUGGUGGCUUGAUCAUAAGAAAUGUUCCUGCGAGAACGCUACGACCGCCUGUCCCCAGCUCUUUACAGAGAAAUGCAACAACGACGAGACGUGGAGAGAGCAUCAGUGGUGUCGACUGGCCUGCUGGGAGAAUGACGUCGGAUACGCUGGCGAUGACUGUACGAAGGGGCCUUGGCGUGGUGAGCGAGUUUGCGGAUACCCGCAGGAACGUGUGAUCAUGGCCACCGCGGAGCGAGAGUGUGCAAGCCGCGGAUUGGAGGUUUGUUGGGAGAGAAUGGAAGGCUUUGGCUGCGGCCUGGACGAAGAGCACGUGUGGACUCCAGAGUCCUGCAGCCACGAAGUCAUCGUUUACAGCGAUGGCAAGGUCAGCUCGAAUUACACCAGCAGAACACGGCAGAACAAGUUCUUUGUGCCUUGGAAGAGCGGUUUCCCCGUGAAAACCGGCAGCGCUUGCCCGUCCGGCUGCCGGGUGCACGAUGAUGGCUGCAGCUGCAGCAUGACGGUCCAGGCUCGCAGCGUCUUCAGUACGCUGCCGAGCGGCAGCGAGCUGUCGCAGUUGAAGAUCGGUGCAGUGAAGCCUGCUGGCCAGUGUACGCAGUGCUCUGGUCCUGUGCGUGCUUAUGGGGCGAUGGAUGAUCCGGACACGGUUUUUGAGCACCAGGGCAAGUUCUACAAGAACAAGGAGCUGGUGGUGCUGGCCGGGGGCUUCGAGUUCCGCAACCCCCCGGUCUUUGUGACCCUGGAGGAUCCCAGGGAGCCAGAUGUCCACGCGGAGGUGGAGAGCUUGCUGGACCACCUGUUUUUCCAUCCAAACACUGCCCCCUUCAUUUCCUACCGCCUCAUGCAGCGCUUCGGCAGUUCCAAUCCUACUCCGGCAUACGUGCAAGAUGUUGCCACUGCCUUCAGAACAGGCACUUACAACGGGCGCACGUACAGUGGUGUCUACGGAGACCUGGGAGCGACCGUAGCGGCGAUCCUGCUGCAUCCCGAAGCUCGCGGCCAAUCCACCGCCUCAAACGGCGCCCUGCGGGAGCCCUUGCUGAAGGUCAUCCACUUCAUGCGAUCCAUGGAAUACAAGGAUGGAGCUGAUCGAAACGUGCUCCUCACCAACUUGAUGCCGCGCAUCGGCCAGUUCCCGUUCCUCUCGCCUUCGGUCUUCAACUUCUUCCUGCCGGGCUUCAAGCCGGACGCCUUUCCGGAGGCCAUGGUCGGCCCGGAGUUCGAGAUCUUCACGCCACCCUUGGCCAUCAGCUUUGUGAACGGCCUGACCUCUUUGAUCGAGAGGGGCCUGGGGGUCUGUGAUGGGGGCUUCGGCUUUGAGUCUCCCUCGGACUGCUCGACUGGAGAGCUGACCCUGGGGGAGCUGGACUGCCUUCAGCCGACCAUCGACCAGCUGGACCUGCUGCUCACAGGUGGACGAUUGCACGACAAGGAGAUGAUCUAUUCCGCCUACAGGGGUGCUUCUGGAGGCCAUGAAUACAAACUGGCCCAGAUGGCCAUGGUGAUGACGCCGGAGUUUCACACUUUCGGCAGCCCUUUGCCCAUGGGCCCACGCACCUCUCCGCCUCCAGAGGUGGCGAGUGACCCAAGAUCCUACAAGGCGCUGGUGAUGGUCUUCAUGAACGGUGGUGCUGACACAUUCAACAUGUUGGUGCCGAUGAAUUGCGGGCUCUACGACGAGUAUACUGAUGUCCGCAGAUCAGUGGCCCUAUCGCCAUCUGAGCUCAACACGAUCACCACGAAUGGUCAAGCAUGUGGGGAAUUCGGAAUCCAUUCUCGCUUAACCAUCCUGAAGGAGAGCUGUACGACCAGCAAGAGAUGGCCUUCCUCAGCAACAUGGGUUCGCUUGCAGAGCCGUUGUCGAAAGAUCAAUGGGACGAUGAUGCAGGCGAGCGUUGCACUGGCCUAUUCUCGCAUUCUGACCAGCAACAGGCUGCCCAGACUUUGA